AUGUGCUCGAGUUUGAAGCUUCUGUUAGCGCUUGUAAUCUCCAUAUUUGCGCCUGCUCAAGUGCGAGCUGCAGCAGCCAACCAAAUGGACUUUGCUGCUUGUCCAGUUCGGCAUACUCCUGAAUAUUACUGUUGUGAAUACUCAGACUUGACCAAGGUGCUAUACACGAAAUACAACCGACCGUCGGGUGGAGACUAUGAAUCAUACUACGUUGAUGGCUGGAAACAGCAGCGCCAAGUCAAUUUUCCGUACACAAUGUACCACCCAAGCACGCCAAAGUUUUUUUAUGAUGAUCCAAGUACUAUUUGUCGUGUACAGGCUGUAAUUGACCCGAAGACGGUCAUGUUGAUGGAAAAACUACAGUGUGCUGACACCAAUGUAUCGUUAGAAUUGGCUUCUCAAGACAGCUCAGUUUUUUGGACGUACGCUACUAAUGUACGCAACAACAACGCGACAUUUCCACUUGGUGCGACUUGUUACAGUAUCAUGCUGAGUGACGGCUCGGUCGACUCGGAUCUGUUAGACGAAUGUACAACCAUGACAUUGACUGUUGAGCCUCGAUUCACUACGUUUACGGAAGCACCUUUGAUUACCAUCUACUUUCUUUACAUUGCUUUCUUUGUCAUUCUCGGUAGUUGGGUAGUCUACAAAAAUCUCAUGCAGAGCUCUACCAAAUCGUUGGAUGAGAUGAAGAAAAAGUUGCUCAGCAUAUCUCCAAUACCUUUGAGAUGUGUUGCGGAGAAUACUGUCGACCAUCACACAAAUGUGCGAACGUCGGACACUCGCUUGCAAUCCAACGAUGUUGAAGAUAUUCUCCAAACGGGGUUUACCAAGUCGUAUAUUGGCAACUUCGUCUUUGGCUGUGCAGUGGUUGCGUCACUUGGGUUAAACGUGCUCUUAAUUAUAAUCAUCUGUGAUUACUACGGUGACUUUAGCCCUCCACUUUUUGACACGACAGAGGACAAUGCUCUUGUGUUUAUUAUCAUCUGGAUCGUCACCGCCAUGUGGUUUGUAACCAUAGUGGCAAUGCAAGACCAUAUCUCCAACUUUUUUCGUCUUCGUGUGCCACUUAACCGAUGCGAGUUUGUACACAUGAUUAAACGAGACGAAACUACGGUAUUGCUUGCUGAUCGAUCUGGCGUGUCGGACUUCGUUGCAAGAGUUGAGAGCUUUUUUGCUUCCAAGGAUAAAAUAAAGGGAUAUUGUGAAACAGUGGUGGUUGCUGAGGUUGAUGGCCUUCGUUUCAUCGAAUUUCAACAUCUUCGGUACGUGUUCGACGAGACUAUGCAGCAUUUUGUACCCGGCACAGUCGCACUCGGACAUACUUACGAUCAGAUGCAUUUAGAAGCCGGUGGACUUUCCGAAGCUGAAGCAAAAUACCGCUACAACACUGUCGGAUCCAAUUCUGUCGACGUUACAAUGCCGUCGCUAUUCGUCUCAAUAGCACAUGAAUUUUUUACGCUGUUUUACAUUUACCAGAUCAUGUGCUACUAUGUCUGGUACUAUUUCACAUACUGGAACAUGGGUAUCGUCAUGACUGUUGUCGUUCUCGGUGCUGCUGUAGUUAAUAUCCACACGCAACGUCAAAUUCAGUCAUCAAUAGUCUCAAUGACACGAUAUUAUACAGACAUGGCGGUGCUUCGCAAUGGAGAUUGGCGAGUUUUGUCGUCGCGUGAAAUUGUACCUGGUGAUCUAGUAAAAGUUUCUGAAAAUUGGAUUGUACCAUGUGAUAUGGCCAUCGUCAAGGGUACAACAGUGUGCGAUGAGUCGAUGUUGACUGGCGAAUCAAUGCCUGUGCAGAAGUUUCCGAUUCCAGAAAGUAGCUCGGAAGUGUAUGAUCCUGAAAAGGGCAGCAAGAAGCACACAUUGUUUGCUGGUACCCGCGUGUUAUCUUCGGGUCGUCAUGAAGAGAUUAUGGCCCUUGUGCAGACUACUGGUGCACAAACGACAAAGGGCCAAUUGAUCCAGUCGAUUUUGUUUCCGAUUCCAAUGCGUUUCAAGUACAAUGAGCAUCUAAAGAUGUUGAUCGUCAUUUUGUUCGUCUACGCCGUCAUCGCUUGUAUUCUUGUUGUCAAUUUUUUACUGAGCAACGGAAAGCUUAGCAACCGAUAUGCUGCUUUCUGCUACGCAAUCUUUGUCCUCUCAGGCGUGGUCAGCCCACUACUCCCAGUUGUUAUCACAGUUGGUCAGAGGAAUGCCUCACAACGACUUGAAAAAUUGGGUGUGUUCUCCCUUAAUGUCCAACGUAUCACACUCUGUGGUAAAGUGCGUAUUUUUUGCUUUGAUAAGACUGGUACACUCACUAAACAAGGACUAGACUUUCUUGGUGUACAGCCGGUUACGAAUUGCCUCUUUACUCCAAUUGUCGAAGACAUAAAGAGCGCAGUGUCAUCAGAGGAAUUGUUAUACGCACUUACAACGUGCCAUUCAGUCGGCUCGCUUCAAGGUCGUCUUGUAGGAAAUGAAGUAGAGGUGCGUAUGUUUACAGCUACGCGCUGGGAAUUGGUCGAGAAAGAAGGUGUUCAACCGUUUGUACGGUCUAACAUGGACUCCGCACUUCAACUAGAAUAUAUCAAACGCUAUGACUUUGACCAUCAUCGCAUGUCUAUGAGUGUUGUAGUACGAAACCGCAAGAAUGGCAAGUAUUAUGUCUUCUGCAAGGGUUCGUACGAACGGAUGCAACAGUUAAGUGCUCAAAGCAGCAUCCCUGCCGAUUACAAGAGCGUAGCCGACCGUCUUGCGAAAGAUGGAUGUUACGUACUAGGCUUAUCGUACCGCGAGCUGCCGAAUGAUUGGACACGCGAGCAAGUAGUUGAGUUUGCUAAUAACCGCGAAGCUGUCGAUGAGGAUCUGUCACUUUUGGGUCUCAUCUUAUUUCGCAAUGAGCUCAAGGACGAUACCAAGAAUGCCAUUGUAAAGCUCAAGGCAGGUGAUAUACGUACUGUCAUGAUCACAGGCGAUAAUGCCAUGUGUGGCUGUUAUAUUGCACGUAAAAGUGGUAUGCUGUCGUCAAGUUCGCGUGUGCUUUUAGGUGAAAUGGUGUCAACAAUCGAGAAGGAAAAACUUAUAUGGCGCGAUGUUGACUCCGACCAAGAGUAUGACCUGCCUGCAGUUAAGAUGUUAAUUGAGCGGGGUGAGGAUGUCGAGCUGGCUGUCACGGGAAUGGCAUUUGACAAUUUGGUAUUAAGCGGCGAGAUCAGAAAAGUGUUACUUAACAUUCGCAUCUUCAGUCGCAUGACACCAGACGGAAAGGUGGAGUGUGUCAAAUUGCAUAUGGAGACAGGUGCAGUGACCGGUAUGUGUGGUGAUGGUGGCAACGACUGUGGCGCUUUGCGUUUCGCACAUGCAGGUGUAGCUUUGAGUGAUGCAGAGGCUUCAGUUGUGUCACCGUUCACGAGUAAAUCAAAAACAAUCGAGUCAGUUGUUGACUUGUGUCGUGAAGGUCGCUGUAGUGUCGCGACGUCAUUUGCGUCUGUCAAAUUUCUCAUUAUAUAUGGUCUAAUUGGCUCCGUGCUUCGAUUGUUCAUGUACUACCACGCCAUCAACUUGUCGCAAUGGUGUUGGAUUCUCAUCGAUGGUUUCAUGCUUGUUGGGUGUUCAUACGUCAUCACAUUGUCCAAGCCUUUGAACGAACUAAAGAAAACGCGUCCUACUUCGAGUCUGAUUGGACCUACGACUCUCUCUUCUAUUCUGGGACAAGAGAUUAUUAACACAAUUUUUUUAAGCUGUGGCAUCCUCAUGCUGACGUCUCAAACUUGGUACUGUCCGUUCUCACCAGAUAAUGUGGAUGUUGCCAAAUGGUGGCUCAUGUCGGACAAUCACUUAUCCACAACUCUAUUUUUUGCUGUAAUCUUUCAACAGCACAUUGCGGCUUGGGUCUUCAGUUUUGGUUCGACAUAUCGCCAACCGAUCUGGAAAAAUAAACUGCUAAUGGCAUUUUUCACAGUAGCUGAAGCAUUUACUCUUUACUUGCUUCUCGGAGAGCCUAGUAUUGUCACUGACCGCUUUCGUAUCUCAAGCGGUACUAAUGUCGUCGGACUUCCAGAUAUUCCGAUGCCCAUGAGUUUUCGCGUCAAGUUACUCGCGCUGCUCUUUGGUAAUGUAGUUACCUGCAUUUUGUUUGAGUACGUCGUCGUUCUUGGCCCUGUGCGGACUUAUUUUCGCAAUAAGUAUCACAAAGACGUGAUUCCAAUGAAGAAAUAG